CGGGCUAGCAGGCUAGGGCGUUGCUAGCGGCACACUGUGGCAUUUUACCCCCUGCCUUUCCUCAACUUAUAUCCUGACACAAAUGACGCCGAACGUUGGAGUGAAACGUGUGUGAGUGUGCCUGGAUGUUUUUAGCACCUAUUUGGACUCCGUUUUUGUUGGAAUAGUUGGUUUGGAGAGACUGCGCGUUACUUUCUGCCCCGUUAGCUUUGGCUACAUGAGCUAGCUAGCUUUUGGUUUUCCAUCCACGGGCUGUGGAAACAUGGAGUCAAAGAGCGUCUGGCGGUGCUAAAAGACUUUAUUUGGAUUUUUGCCCCCUCCACCACCCUUCACGGAGACGUUUUCGAAGAGCGCAGAGGUAGAGGGAAAAAGCCACUCGAUAUUUUAAUGCAGUGUGUCGUUUUUCCACUCGUUGCUUAGUUUGCAGUCGAAACAAGCAAACACACGACGCAAAGUUUUUUUUCAUCUGUUUUGUUAGCUGGAAGCUAGCGAGAUUGGACGUCGUUCCCUUGAGGAUUCUCUUACAAGCAAGCUUUAUUGCCGUCUAUGUUUUAUUUCAACGCUAGCUGCUGUUUUUGCUUUUAAAAUAACACCCUCGCUCAACGUCAUUCCUCCAAGAGAGAAUCGGGCAGACUGCACACGAGGGCACUGGAGGAAUUUGCCGCAUCUCCCAGGGACGCCUAGUCACCAUUCAACCCGAGCUGGGGUGCAGGCCGGCGGACUACAAAACGUUGGAUUACCGCACGGGGAACUGGGAUGUGAAUUCAAGGGCAUGCAACUUGCAGCAGCAGUGUUGGGAAGGAUUAUCAUCUCCCCCACAGGCCCUGAUUCAUUUUUAAGGUCUGCACCAUUGGAGCCCUAGCUGCUGCUGCUGCUGCCCCCCACCCCCAAACAUAAGAUUGAGGAUAUUAUCUUUACUCUUAUUUAUUUUCCCUUUUUUUUUCAACGACGCUCCAUCAAGUCGCCUCAUCACACUCUGGAAAAUGUUAAUCGGAUAUAAAUCGCUGCAAAUCUAGAACCGGAAGCCCAAUGAGUGACACACAGUGCAGCUUCACUGACAGGUUUCCCAAGAAAGCAAACAGAACCAGCAGCAUUCUCAGCAAAGACCACCCCCCGGACAAGAAGCCUAAAAGUGACAAAGCCUCACUUCCCUCCAAUGAGUUCGACCCGACAGCAGACGCUCUGGUGGUGCAGAAGAGUGGCAGCAGCAGUGUGCUAGCAGAGGGGAAGCCUGAGUCCUGUGGUCUGGUCCAGCGAUGUGUAAUCAUCCAGAAAGAUGAAAAUGGCUUCGGGCUCACAGUCAGCGGUGACAACCCCGUGUUUGUGCAGCUUGUCAAAGAAGAUGGGGCUGCAAUGCGGGCAGGCGUUCAGACAGGAGACAGGAUCAUCAAGGUUAAUGGAACCCUUGUUACGCAAUCAAACCACAUUGAAGUGGUGAAGCUUAUAAAGUCCGGCUCCUAUGUGGCCCUCACAGUACUGGGUCGCCCUCCGGGGCUCGCCCAGAUCCCUCUGUCUGAAGCCGAGUCUGAAAUGCUGGGCGUUAGCAUUUCCUCCCCAAACUCUCCAGCAACAGAGCGCCCAUACAGUCCUCAUGACCGGCUCGCCUCCACACAACCUCAAUGGGCAAUGAAGGAGGAGUACAGCAGAAACCCCUCCCCCAAACUACUGAAAGACAACCAGGAUUCUAAGAAACACAUUCCACAGCUGCAGGGUCAGCUCUUCAAACCCACUGGCGCAACGCAGGAGGCUGCUCCAGGUGGCGAUGCAGAUGAUGGUAGCAUGUUUGAGACUGAGGACACUCCUCCCUCGGUGGGAGACCAAAGUGCUGAUAUGUCUUGGAGCAGCACCCCUAUACCUUCUGGAUUUGGACUCGGGUCCCCAGUGAGUUUAUGCCAGAAGGAGUCGUCCUGCCCUAGCCCAAAGAGCACACCCAGGAACAGCUUCAACUCCUGCCACUCCCCGGAGACGGAGGAUGCCACCGAUCUGGACCCUGUGUCUCCCGCUACAUCCAUUAGUCCUUCCUCUCGCCUUGUCUCGCACAUCAUCGGAGCUGAGGAUGAUUAUUUUGAUUCUGACCAGGAGCAGACAAAUGGCCAGUGUAACCGCUUCACCAGCAUUGAGCAGCUCAAGUCUCGGCCCGCCCACCUUGCAGCCUUUCUGCAUCACGUCAUAUCUCAAUUUGAUCCGGCCCCCGUGCUUUGCUACCUCUAUGCCGACUUCUACAAGCAGACCAACUCCAAAGAGACCAGACGCGUGUUCCUGGACUUCCAUACCUUCUUUAUUGAUCGGGGAGCACAUUUGAAGGUGGCCGUCCCUGAUUCCAUCUCCACGGACCUUGAUCGGCGGCGGACCGAAUUGAUCCCGGAGGAAAUAAACAGACAACAUGUUCAAACACUGCAGGACUCUUUGCUUCCAGACAUCCAGAAGAACUUGGAGGAUUUCAGGCAGAAGCGCAGUAUGGGCCUAACUGUCGCUGAAGGCGAGCUGGGCAGACUGGACCAAGAAGGUGUGAGAGAUCGCGUCACCCUGGAGCGUGAACGCUCAUAUGCUGAAAACAUCAUUACCAAGAUCGAAGACAUUCUGGUUACUGCCCAGACCACAGAAGAAGAGAAGUGCACUACCAUGCAGUAUGUCAUCUAUACAUACAUGAAGCACCUUGGUGUGAGGGUCAAGGAACCUCGCAGUCUGGAGUCAAAACGGGUCCGCAUCAACUUCCUUCCGAAGAUUAAGAAAAGCAUCAAAACAGACAAGGAAGGAGAAGAGAAGGUAAAGAAGCCCAGGUUUCCCAGUAUCCUUGGACCUCAACGGAGACCAAGCCGCAUUGAAGCAGCAUCAGUGGGCAAAGCCUUGGACAGCCGUCCCAGGCCUCAGAAACAGUUGUCUCAACCUAGUUUGGGGGCCAGCGAGCACACGGAUGGGGGUCGUUUAAGGGGCAGCCAAUCCAGCGAGGGCUCUGAGCUCACACACUCCACAUUUGUCACCAACUCAUCCACAAACAGCAGCACCUACAACUCUGAUGUUGGCCGAGAAAUUGAUCCAGGUGGGACUCCAACGUCAGGCUCCUCAAGGCUGAGCGACGGUCUUCAAUCAGACCCCCUCGAUGGGUUGCCAUACCCUGCAUCGCACUUUGACCUUUACAACAUGGACCAACUACAAGAGGAUGACAGAGAAAGUGACAGAACCCACGAGGGAACGCCAAAGGCCAUCAGAAGGCUGGAGGGAUUGGGCGCUGCCGACGUCCAAAGCGAGGACGACCAGGGAACAGACUCGGAGCAUGAUCCCCUCAACUGGCAGCAGCUGGUGGGACGUGAGGUUCUGGCAGGUCUCAGGCCUCACGAAAUCAAGAGACAGGAGGUUAUCAAUGAGCUAUUUUACACUGAGCGUGCACAUGUGCGGAUGCUGGGAGUUUUAGAUCAGGUCUUCUACCAAAAGCUCUCGAAGGAGGGCAUCCUGCCCCCUGCUGACCUCAAGAACAUCUUCACCAACCUGGAAGAGAUUCUACAAUUGCAUGUUUCCAUUCUGGAGCAAAUGGCAGCCGUUCGGAAGAGAAAUGAGUCUUCAGUAAUUGAUCAGAUAGGAGAUGACUUGCUCUCCUGGUUCAGCGGCGGGGAGGAGGAGAAGAUCAAGCAGGCCGUGGGGACUUUCUGCAGCAAUCAGCCGUUUGCUCUGGAGAUCAUCAAGACCAAGCAGAAGAAAGACUCGCGCUUCAUUUCCUUCAUCCAGGAGGCGCAGAGCAACCGCUUGUGCCGACGGCUCCAGCUGAAGGACAUCAUUCCCGUGGAGAUGCUGAGGUUCACCAAAUACCCGCUGCUGCUGGACAACAUCUCCAAGUACACAGACGAUGCAGUGGAGAAGGACAAAGUGAAGCAGGCAGCAGACUGCUGUAGAAAGAUCCUCAAUCAUGUAAACCAGGCAGUCAAGGAGUCGGAAGACAAGCAGAGGCUGGAGGACUAUCAAAGAAGACUGGACCUGUCCUCCCUGAAGCAAACGGACAACCCAAUGAUCCAAGAGCUCAAGAACCUGGAUCUGACCAAGAAAACCAUGGUGCACGAGGGCCCGCUGUCAUGGAAAGUCAACAAGGACAAGACAAUUGAGCUCUACACUCUCCUGCUGGAGGACAUCCUGGUUCUCCUCCAGAAACAAGAUGAGCGUCUCAUCCUCAAGUGCCACAGCAAGAACUUAUCGGGUACCGCAGACACCAAGCACAUCUUCAGCCCCAUCAUAAAGCUUAACACUGUGCUGGUGCGCUCGGUGGCUACAGACAACAAGUCCUUCUUUGUGCUGUCCAUGUCUGAAAACGGCGCACAAAUCUACGAGCUGAUGGCUUCCACAGUGUCGGAUCAGAGAACGUGGCAGAAUCUAAUCACACAGAGAGCCGAUGCCAUGAAAGUUAAACCACACAGUGUCAUUCCUUUACCGCAGACUGACAGGGAGCGAGAUGGAGUGGAGAUCAUCACAGCUGGCGUCUCUCGGCUCAGUAAAGACUCAGACCGUACAUCUACUGGCAGCACUCAGUCCACAGAUAAAGAGGGUAGUCCAAGUACGAGGGGCGUGACGCCGAGCCCUCUCCCAGCUAGUAAUAACCCCUUUGAGGUGGUAAAGGCGGGCGGGGAGGAGGAGGAGGAGGAAGGCUUUGUGGACCCGGAGCUGCCAUACCAAGGGACUGAAGAUGGCGGAAGAGACUCCUUUAAUGUGUUUCCCUCCAGAGCGGACGAAGCACUGAAAACAUUGUCGUCAUUAAAGCAGGUGUUGGUGACGCAGCUCAUGUCGCAGGAGGCUGCCGAGCGGACUAAGCGCUCCACCGGGGCCCGCCUCCUCCGGACCACCUCUCUGAGGACCCCCCAAAGGGGUCCUGAGGUCCACAACGGCUCGGAGAGGAACACUUCCCAAACCGAGGACCCCACCCAGGACUUGGGCUCCGGGGACACUGGCUUCUUUGAGUCCACCGAAGACUAUGCAGGAUAUUUAGUCCUGGAAGGAUACGGCGGCCCGGGGGAGAGCAGCACCGACGACGACAUCCUGGCGUCGCCCGCGGGGAAGCAGCUGAGUGCGUCGCAACGCUGCGCUGCCGACUCCGGCAUCAACCUGAGGUUCUCCGCUGCAUCGCACGCCGGCAGCCUGUCGUCUUUUAGCAGACAAGUCCUGUCUCACCUGAGAAACCUUCAGGCCAACCUCAAUCAUCUGAAGGAGGUGGAAGCCAAGUAUAAUAAUCUUCUCCAUCAGAGGGCAGCCACGCACUCGGAUGGAAACAAAGAUAAGAGAUAGUGGACGUCUCUGCUGCACCUUUUGGCUUUGGGGGAAGCUCCUGUUUUCUGCGUGUCCUGGACUUUGUGGACCUUCUAUAAGCUUGUCCUCUCUACUGCUGAGACCACCCAACCACGCCUGCCCCCUCUCAUCAUGGCAGUCUUCAACACAGAGAGCAAAGACUUGAAAGGGGCGGAGUCGAUGUUUCCUCCCCAUCAGCACAAGGCAAUCAAAAAAAAGCAUCUAACAUCCCCUGCAAGCAAGAAAGAGAACUUAUACCAAAAUGUACAAAGAUAUGUGGCUUUAUAUACGGUCUAUAUAUAUACAUACAUAAAUGUCUAUGUAUAUAUAUAUAUAUAUUUAGAUAUAUGAAACACAGUGCAAGAAAAGGAAAAUUUUAAGAUAAUGUAUUAAGAUUUUUUUUAUCCCAAGAUGUAUUUAUUUUCCUUGUUUAAUUUUUUUUAUUUUGAAAAAAAAGUGUUUCCUGCGUUGCUUGCAUGCUCUUCUUCUUCAGCCACACAGGCUUGGUGUGAGUGUUGAGUGCUAGCAAGGCUCACCUUCAUCCUGCUGUACAGAACCCCCCCCUUUUAAAGGUUUAAAAAAAACACCCUCCGUGUUGCGUUCAAAGUGCAGGAGUUGGCAUCACUUCUCUGUGUGGCGUUGAACUAGAAUGAAGAGUCCCUGGAGGGGCUCGGAUCUGGUCCUGUUGCCAAGGCCUGCUUAUUUAUCCCCCAUCCCCGUCUUCCUUCAAGAUCCUAACUGCCUGCUAGUCUCCUCUAACCCUGUCGUGAAGUUCAACAUGUACUGUACCAUGAUCAUGUUGGAAGGUUAUGCAUAACUUUAAUAAAUAAAUGGUGCCAUGACCCGUUCGAAAAGGAAACCAUCUCGAGAUUACCAUCCACAUC